UAAACUGUAACUAAUUCAGCGCUGGGAUUAACGCCCUGAAAUGAAGUGAGGACACAGGGUGGGGAAUUACAUUUCUGCUGCAGCAGGAAGCUAUCACCGCGCAUCACAUUCAUUACAGGAGAAAGCAGCCAGCUGUAGCUGAAUUAGCCUGCUGUGUCCUGGCUGCUCUGGUCUGAGGUGUGUACUGUGAUGUGUCUAAAGAAAACCUGUACAAGUCAGUCUAUCUGACUCUACAGUGAAGGACACCAAUGAGUGUUGAGUGCUGGAUUUUGUUUCUUUUUUUAAAGAAUACACACUCUCAUAUUGAAGUGAGCCUCCAGCAAUCAUGUUUUGGAAGUUUGACCUUCACACAGCCUCUCAGCUGGAGAAGUUGUUGGAGAAAGAUGGUGUGACCCUACAGGAGCUGCUGGAUGAAGAUGAUGUGCUACAGGAGUGUAAGGCUCAGAACCAACGCCUCCUUCUGUUUCUCACCCAGGACAGCAACUUGCUGGAGCUUAUCAGCCUCGUCACACAUGAGCCUCCUUCUGAUCGUGAGGAGAAACUGCGCUACAAAUAUGCUAACACAGCAUGUGAGCUGUUGACAUGUGACGUAUCUGUCAUUCAUGACAAAGUAGGUGGAGAUGACACACUCCUGAACACACUUUACAGCUUUCUGGAGCAGGAGCCACCUUUAAAUCCUCUGCUUGCCUCCUUCUUCAGCAAGACAUUUGGCAGCCUGAUCAACCAUAAGACAGAACAGACAGUCAGUUUCCUAAGGAAAAAAGAGGGAUUUAUCAAAUUGGUCUUGAAACAUAUGGACACUUCAGCCAUGAUGGAUUUUCUCCUGCGGCUCAUCAGCUGUGUGGAGCCUGCUCAGCUCAGAUAUGAAGUCCAAACUUGGCUGGAUGAGGAGAAGCUUAUUCAGAGACUGACAGAGUUAAUUCAACCCCACAGUGACAGCGAGAGGCAGUCAAAUGCUUCUCAAGCACUGUGUGACAUCAUUCGCGUGAGUCGCGACCAGACCACUCUGAUGCAGGAGUCAGUAGAACCCACCCCUUUGCUCACUACACUAGAGCUACAGAAGAGUGUGGAAGCUGUCCUAAAGAACAUGUUUGAGGGUGAGAAGAGCGAAGUCUGCAUCAUACAUGGAACUCAAGUUCUACUCACUUUAUUAGAGAUGCGGAAACCAGGAGUGGAGUUGAUAGACCCAGCAGCUCAGCAAUUAGAACAAUUGUACACUGUAAACAACAGCAUCUUACUAGGCAUUCAGCCUUAUCUAAAGCACUACCAUCAUCUCCUGCUCAACCCACCUAAGAAGUGCAGCAUGCUGACUACUCUGGGGAUUUUGGAGGAGCCGUUUGGAAACGCUAGACUACAAGCCUGCAGGUUAAUCGUUGCUCUGCUUAACACUCAUGCUCCAAGAAUUCACCAUGAGCUCUGCCAACUGGAUAUUAUCAACCUACUACUGGAUCUGUUUUUCAAAUUCACAUGGAACAACUUUCUACAUGUCCAAGUACAGCAGUGUGUAUUUGCGAUCCUUCAUCAAACCGCGCCAGAGGAGAUGGCACAGGACAGUCCUGAGCACAUCCAACCAGAAAACGUGCCCACAGACAAAGGACACACCCCUGUAGGUGUACCAAAGUCUGAUGCGUCCAGUAUGCUGUCACGUCAAGAUCUGAUAAUGCACCUAUUUCAGAACUGCAGGCUGGUGCAAAGGAUACUAGAUGCCUGGGAUGAGAAUGAUAAAACACAGGCAGAAGGGGGCAUGCGGAGAGGAUACAUGGGUCAUUUAACCAGGAUAGCUAAUGAUGUAGUACAGAGCAUGGAGAAAGGGCCAGCACAAGAUCAGAUCCCACAGCUUAUAAAUGGGAUACCUGAGGACUACAGAGAACGAUGGCAAAAAUUUGUUGACAAAACACUAGUAGAGACCAACAAGAAAAAUGCAGUGGAUCUGGUUUUUUCAGACUACCAGAUUCAGCAAAUGACUGCAAACUUUGUCGACCAGUUUGGAUUUAAUGAUGAUGAAUUUGGAGAACAUGAUGACAGUAUCAAUGCAACAUUUAAUCGACUUGCAGGAUUUAACUCUAAUUUGGUGGAUGAGGGCCCCAGUGUGGGAGUGUUUGAAGCAUGCAAUAAGGAGAAAACACGUCACUUUGAGGAUGCUGAUGAGGAGGAAGAUAUAUGGGAGGACAAAGAAAUCAACUAUGCAACACAAAUUAAGUCCAGAAGCAGGUUUGGGGUGACCUCGAGCUCUCUGAAAAAUGAGGUAGAGGGCGGAGCUCGAACACGUUUGGAUUCACCUGAUCUAGAGUGCUUUUCAGAGUCUAAACAGAUACUAGACAGCAAAAGCCAGGAUGCAGACAAGGACAUCAGCUUCCCACAGAGUCCAGGGUGGGUGGCAAGUUUUGAGGAUGACUUUAACUUUAAGGCAGACUUUGCAACUGUGGCCAUUGACACCGGAUCAGGAGUAUGGGGUGAUGCAACAGCACAGCUAAAUGAUACUGAGGAAAAAGGCUGGGCAGCAUUCACCGAUUUCCAGCCCUUUUGCUGCUCAGACUCUGGAGUCAGAUGCAGCUCCCCAGUAGACUCUGAGAGUCAGGGGAAGCAGAACCAAGAUAAAAAAGUAAAGGGCCCAGCCGCUUGUGUGUGGAACGUGUGUGGGGCUAGAAAGGCUCCUCUGGUGGCAUCAGACAGCAGCUCAAGUGAGUCUGAUAGUGAGGAAGAGGAAGAGAGAGGUGAGGUUGCGCAAAGUGAUAGUUCAAAUGACACAAACAAGGAGAAUAUCAAAAUCACUGAAGAAGGCAAAUAUAAGAAAGCACUCAUCACCAGUUUAAGUGAAGCUGAUGCCAAACCAUCAAGUGACAUGGCAGAAACCCUUAGAGAGCAGAAAUCAGACUAAAGAAGUCUUGCUGAUCUUUGCAGAAAACCAAUGGAAAUGAGGCACAAUGGUGUGGUUUACUGCAGCUGUUUAGCUUGGCUUUACUACACUCUUUUUGAAUUUGCUUUCAGCUUUGCUGGCAUUUCACAUUAACCACUUACAUUCGGGAGGUUCUUUUUUUGGUAAAUAUCUACACCCUGAAUCCACAGAAACUAAACUUGCUGUAUGCAGUCCACUUAUAAAAGACAGUUACCAUUGCAGGAGGAGCAGGCCCUCUUUUUCCAAUAAAACUGUUGUCGUC